CGUAAGUGACGUUGGAGGAGAAGUGACGUACGGGACGUCAAUGCGGUAGUGGAACACCGUGGAGCUCUGGCUGUAGGUUAACGUCGCGGAGGUCGGCGGAGUGACCAUGGGGAACGCAGAGAGCGGCUGUGGCGGAGGCAGCGGCGACGAGGAGGACAUAGAGACCGAGAGCCCCGGUUUCGCGGAAGACAGCCCGGCCUCUGCGGCCACCGGAGGCGGCGGAGGCGCCGGUUCCGGAGGGGGUUCGGGCCUGCCCGCACCUUCCGGCGGGCCGCCCAGCCCCGGGGUUCUCCUGGAACAAGUGAAACUGAGAGAAGCGGCCGCUCGGGUGAGCGACUCCAGGGUCGCCAUCCACGAGUCCGUCCUGUCCGGGAACGAGAGCGUCCUGAUGCGGUGGCUCGAGGACCGGUUAAACCGGGGAGAGGAGUCGGUCAACGUGGAGCAAUUCUGCGAGAUGUUGGAGAGCAGAGAUGCCCCAAGAGACGAGUGCGAGGAGGCCUUUGGACAGUUUGAUGCGGAGGGGGACGGAGUGGUGGACAUCGAGAGUAUGCUGAUUGCUCUGAAGAACUCUAAUGGAGCCAAUCUUCAGGGGGAGCUAAGUCACGUGAUCAGACAGCUCCAGGCGUGUUCCCUAACUCCAGGUUUUGUUGACAUAUUCUCGAAGACCAAAGACCAAAUAGGAGCUCAUGCCUUUAAGAUCAUAAAGUUCUUGCAUAGAAACCGCAUUCCCAGCAGUGCCAUCCCCUUCCCCAUCUUAGAGGGCUACAACAGUAUUUGUACCAUGAGGUCCAGUGUCGUUCAGGACUUCCUGGUGUCCCUCUUGCAAAAAGAAAAAGAUUUAGAUAUCCAAUACAGAGCAAAGCUGGAUCACGAUCCAGACGUAGAUAAAGUGAAGGCGAUCACACAGUGCUACAGCAUAAUAGAAGCUUCCUCCAACGUCGCUGACGUGUACAAGAUGACAAACGGGGAUACCACGUCUUUCUGGCAGUCGGAUGGGAGUGCUCGGUCACACUGGAUAAGACUGAAGAUGAAACCAGACGUGGUUUUAAGACGCCUGGCCAUCGCAGUGGCCUCCAACGACCACAGCUACAUGCCUCAGCUGGUCUCGGUGGCCGUGGGCAAAAGUCGCCGUUCCUUACAGGAGAUCAGAGACAUCCGCAUUCCCAGCAAUGUGACGGGCUACGUCGCCCUCUUGGAGAACGCCAACAUCACACACCCCUACAUCCAGAUCAACAUUAAGAGGUGCCUCAGCGACGGAUGCGACACUCGCAUUCACGGACUGAAGACGCUCGGAUACCAGAUUACCAAGAGCAAGGAGGUUUCUGUUUCAGACGCUUCAGCCAUCUGGUACCUGUCUCUCCUCACUUCCCUGGUCAGUGCGUCCAUGGACACUAACCCGGCUCUGGCUCAGGCUGUGCUCCAGAACACCCAGAAAGCCUUACAGUACACGCCGCCGCUGUCGCUGACUCCGUCGUCCUCGGAGUUCCCUAAUUUCUUCUCUCUGAAUAUCCUGGAGGAGGUGGACGGAUUUCUGCUGAGGAUAGCUGACUGCUGUGUGGGUCCGGAAGCAGAACUGACCCUCCUGGCUUUUGCCCUGGCCAGGGGCAGCAUGGCAAAGGUACUGAAGGCCCUGUCCUGCAUCAGCGACCAUCUACACAUCAACUACAAGGCCUCAUCCCUCAUCAGCUCCAUGGCCUCCGUUCGGCUGCAGCUUCUUUAUCGUAACGGCAAACCUCUCCAGCUGCACCUGCAGGCCUGUGAUGUGAAGAGUAAGGAGGAGAAAUCCGGACCAGAGAACAUGCUGACAGAGUCUGCAACAGGAGACGGUUUUCUCACUGAAAGCGGCCGCAAGAAAGCCAGCGUGAUCCUGUCCACUGAGGACCAGAGCAGCUUCCAGGUCACACAGAUGAAGAUCAAAGUGCGAAAAGGAGCCAUUGGAUCAAAAUGUGGUUUGGUGUUUGCCUACAAGGAGGAAGAUCCUUUUGAUGCAGAGAAGCAUUUCAAGAGGUUCAAAAAGUACGACGCCUGGAACUACAAGGAUUACAAAGAGUUUGUGCAAGACAAUGUGAGGACGUCUGCGCAGAGUGAAGACGAGCCGAUCGGCUGGUUCGAGCUGGAGGACGACUGGAAUGACGUGCAGAUUAAGCUGCAGCAAUGUCGUAUUGCAAAGUUCCUGAUGGUGAAGUUCCUCUGCACCAGGCAGGACUCGGCUGAGCGGCUGGGCGUGCAGUCCCUCGGCUUCAGCGGCUACCUGUGUCCAGGUACCGAGAGGCUGGGAGACCUGGACGACCUCGCCGCGCACGGAGAGAGUUCUGAGCACGGUGCCGUCACCGGCCUUCGUCUGUUAAACAAGACCUUGUUCUUCAUUCAGCAGCUGACACAAGACAUGGAUGUGUCUUAUUUAAAGCAGAAGUAUCUUCUGGACUUCAGUGGUCUCAGUCUGAACCUCUUCUGGGAAUUUUAUAGUAAACUCAGGGAGAUUGAGGGAGAGGAGGUGAUGAAGAGCAGAGUUCUGCUUCUUCAGUUAAUGCAGAACUGCUUCCCAACACUGCCCAAUCCACUGGAGGCUAAAGGAACAGAAGAAGCUUCUGCAGCAGCAGCAGCAGCAGCAGCUCCAUCCACGUCCUGCAGUGGAGACGGUCUCAGAGACUCCACAAGAGCCGUGCAUGAACUCUACACUCAUCUGUGCCACAUUGUGGACAGUCCGGAUGGUGAGACGUUUGUGGAAAAAGUGCUGCACAAGGAAGCAGUGAACGCUGUUCUGAAUGGAGCCGCAGUUUUCUUCCCUGACAAACACGAGAGAAGGAAAAAACUCUUUCACAUGAUGAAAAAUAUUACAGAAGAAGAUCAGCCAGAAUCAGUCAAGGUGACGUUUGAGUCCUUGUGUAAUUACUUCAGCGACCAAGAUCCCAUCGGCCUUCUCCUGCUGCCCCCUAAAGGAGCUCCCUCUGACUUUGACAUCAGCCCAAUCCUGUCCGUCAUGGAGACGCUGCUACUGGUGGCAACUAAAGAGUGCGAGCUCAUGAUGUUGGAUCAGAGCGGCGGAGCCAGCAGAACAGCGUUGCUGUCCCUGUUCUGGGCUUCACAGGGAAGUCUGCUGUCUUGGUGUUACUUGCAGCUCAAAGGUGGAGCUUCUACGUCAGUUGAUUCAGAUCUGGCCCGGAGCAUCCUUCUGAAAUAUGUGGAUCAGUUCCUGGAAACCAUCAAAGCGGUUCUCGGUUCUCUGCUGGAGAGGUACACCAGUGCAGAAAUCUCUGAGAAGUUGGGCAGCUCCAUCCUGGCCACCAUCUUCAGACAGCUGAUGAUUUUCCUCUUGGAGCUGUGCUCUUUGGACAUCCCUCACAGUGUGCUGCUCAAGAGCUUCUCCUCUCUGGUUGAGCUUCUCAAAAGUCUAUCAAGCGAUACUGGAGACAUAUUUUCUAAGGGGGACUGUGAGAGCUGGCACCAGCCUCAGCAGCCGGUGGUGCUGAGAACCUGGAGCAUGGAGUCCCCUCACAACUAUGAGAACAGCCGUCACGAGACCUCCAUCUUCGCCUGUCCUGGUGCCACCUCAUUUGAGGUGGAGUUUGAUGAACGCUGUGAGACGGAGAAGAGAUACGACUACCUAGAAUUCACAGACUCUCGAGGUGGGAAGGUGCGCUACGAUAUGAAAGUUGGAACUGAGAAAUGGCCAAAGAAGGUGACGUUUGACACGGGCCCUCAGCUGCAGUUCCUCUUUCACUCUGACAGCAGCAAUAACGAAUGGGGUUACAAGUUCACUGUGACAGCUCUAGGGCUGCCAGACAUCACCCUUUCAUGGAUGUCUGACCUGCAGCUGCUGGUGGCUCGCCUGAUGGGUCGCCUUGCUUCUAGAACCCUGGCACUGAAAUCCCCUUAUGAGGUUUGCAGUGUGAAGGAGCUUCCAGCAGGAAAAAUGUCCCACGUUCAGUCUUCCCCGCUGUGGAAACCCAUCCUGCGACACGGCCUGUGCGAAACACGGGACACCAAUCACAGUAGAACAGACCAGAAAUCCUUGUGGACUAUUGAGGAGUUGGUGGUCUUCCUGGAGGAUUUCGCUCGUUGGAACCCUUCCCAACAAACGGCAGACAGUAGAACAGAGCUGAUGAAGCUCCUCAUGAUGUCUUGCAAAAAACAGCACGUCAGAAAUGAAAUCGCAGCCGGUUCAAAAACAGACCAAGCUGUGAAUGCCAUUUGGGCAGCCAUGGUGUACCACACUCCAGGGCUUAGCCUGGCCCUGCUGAAAUAUGUUAACCACGACUGUAAGACGCCUCUGGGGGAGGAGUUUGUGCAGGUUUACUCUCUGGCUGACGGCAUCAGAACAUGGAUGCUGGAAAUGAAGCAGAGGUACCUGGUUGGCAAAAUGAAUGUUCCUGACGACAAAGAAGACGCUCAUCAGGAGGUUACCAUGGAGACCCUAGCGGAGAUGUGCAUAGAAAAAAGCUUGUUGCUUUUCCGAUUUGCUCCUUGUGGGAAAUCUUCCUCUAAAGUGAUUGAGGGAACUGCGUCUUCACUCCUUCAAUCAAAUCCAGUCACUGAGGGAGGUUUCCAAGCCAGCUCCGCUCUCGAACCACAGACUGGACGGUCUGAAGAGAGCAGUGAAGCCCAGGCUGGACUGAGUCAGGCAUCCAGUGUCACAGGUCAGAACUGCUCCUCUGAGAGCAGCAAGCAGCACCACAAAGACUCCACCGAAGGUCUCCCAUCCCAGGCAACGGAGCAAGCCUCUCCCUCUGCUUUCUCCCGCAAAGAUCCUUUCAGCCGAACACGCUGCCGCCUCCUCUCUUUCCGCUCUGUCGAGGAGCCCCAGGUGACCCCCUCUGUCAAAGAUCAUUAUCCAAUACUUAAACACAUCCUGAACUUCAUCAAGGACCAGGCUCUCACAACUGCUAGCAUCCUGCAGACCCUGGCCCUGACCAAAGCGCAGGUUCUGAGCGUGUGCAGAGUCCUGCAGAUGGUUCAGCAGUGUUUACGCUCUUUGGGACAGCCACACCUCUUCCAAGCGCCCUGCAUCCUGUUCCUGCAGGAGCUGCUGACAUGUCAGAAAGACUUCACCAGUUAUUUCUCUCAGUUGUCAGACAGCGGACAGAAGCUUGGAGAAGAAGUGAGGUCUUCCUACCAUCAGCUGGUGCUCAUGCUGGUAGAAGCUGUUCAGAACUUCAACGGCCUCAAUGAAAAAGUGCUGCUUCCUGCCCUGUCAUGUGUGCAGACCUGCCUGCUGCACCUCCUUGACAUGAACUGGGAGGUGCAGGACCUCCCGCUCUUCCAGAGCAUCAAGCUUCCAGACCUCCUCCUCAGCAUGUCGCAGGAAAACAUCAGCGUUCACGAUGUGGCCAUCAGCCAGUGGACAGAGGAGGAUGAAAUUGCAGACUACAAGAAGAACCAGGAGUGGAUGGAUGAGUGCAUGGAUGGCAUGUUUGAGAAGUGGUAUGACAAAAUCGAUGAAGAGGACUCUGUGGAGGACAAGAGGAAGAUGCACAUGUUCAUCGCUCGGUACUGCGACCUGCUCAACGUGGUGAUCUCCUGCGACGGCUGUGACAGAAUGGCGCCGUGGCAUCGCUACAGAUGUCUGCAGUGCAUGGACAUGGACCUUUGCAAAACCUGCUUCCUCAGUGGCGUCAAACCUGAGGGCCACGAAGAUGACCAUGAAAUGGUGAACAUGGAGUAUGCCUGCGACCACUGCCAGGGGCUCAUCGUGGGCAGCAGGAUCAACUGUAACGUGUGUGAGGACUUUGACUUGUGUUUCGGAUGCUACAACGCCAAGAAAUAUCCGGACAGUCACCUGCCAACACACCGGAUCACAGUUUACCCCAUGGUGACCAUACGGAUCAGCGACCGCCACCGUCUGAUCCAGCCUUACAUCCACAACUACUCGUGGCUUCUGUUUGCCGCUCUGGCUCUGUUUACGUCAGAACUUACCAGCGAGAGGCAGAUGGAAGGAGAGACUUUGGACAACCAGACUCUGGAGCGGGCUUCUUCUCUGCAGACGUGCUGCUCGCAGCUCAUCACAGACUGCUUGUUGAAGGGACAGACUGGCAAAGGCCUCCGUUCCUCCGCCUUGCUUGCUCUGCUGUCCUCCAAUGAACUAGCCUCUGACAGUGAGCUCUGUCCAGUCUCUCCCGAGUCCUCUCAGGAGCUCAGUAUGACCACCGACACCUCCUCGCUCCCUGGUAGCACUGCAGCCGUCUGCUCUCCAUCAUCUCCCAGAGACAAGAAUAAACCCUCCUCCAAAGAGAAAAAAGAAAAGGAGCUGAGUUCCCCCCCCUCUGCACCCCAGGAGGGGUUAUUGCUUCCAACCUCUGAGGGGCAGGAGAAAAAAAAACUGGUUACGCAAGACACCCUGGAGUCUCCAAGCCUCAGCCAGACGCCGUCUCUGUCCAGUGAAGAUCCUCUUUCUCCUGUGGUCCGAGCUUCAGAGUCGGUACAAAGAGAAGUGAAGUCUCCUUCAUCUGAUGGUGCCAGGGAGGCGACUGAGAGGCUCCCCCAGAUCCCCCUUCAGGAACACGUGUUCUCCGAAUGCUCCAGAGAGAGGAUCCUGGGGCUGCUCGCUGCAAUGCUUCCCCCCGUCAAGCAGGACAGCGUCUCGUCCCUGCCCAGCUGCAGCUCCAUCCUGCCGCAGCUCUUCAAGGCCGUCAUUUUCAACGCGGGAUCUCUCAACGAAACGUACCACCUGACCCUCGGGCUCCUGGGUCAGCUGCUGCUGCGCCUCUCUCCGCUGGAGGCGGACGCGGCCGUCACAGAAGCCCUCGCCGACAAAUAUGACCUGCUGACACAGGCGGAGGGAGCUUGUUCGGGAACCCAGGGCUGGAAGACCGCCCAGCUGCUGUUCGGCCUCGGGGCAGUUUGUUUAGACAGUCGUAUUGGUCUGGACUGGGCAUGCACAGUUGCAGACAUUUUACACAGCCUGAACGCUUGCCCUGAGUGGAGUGCAGUCAUUGCUGCUUUCACCGAUCACUGCGUUCAGCAGCUGCCUCAGACCCUGAAACACACCAACCUCUUCACCCUGCUGGUGCUGGUGGGCUUCCCGGAGGUGUUGUGUGUGGGAACCCAGACGGUGUUUAUCGACAACGCCAACGAACGCCACAACAUGAUCCUGCUGAAGCACUUCACGGAGAAGAAUCAUGCUGCAGUGGUGGAUGUUAAAACACGCAAGAGGAAAACGGUGAAGGACUACCAGCUCAUCCAGUCUCAGGAUUCUUCCACAGCUGGUCUUCCAGGACAGUCCGAGAACCGGAGUUGCCAAAAGACACUUCUAAGUCGCUACUUGAGUAAUUUCACCUCAAUAAUCAGCCAGUUGUUGCAGACAAACCCGGACAAUGGCUCCACUGACGCUGUGGAGGCGUCCUGGGUCCUGUCUUUGGCCCUCAAAGGCCUCUACAACACAUUAAAGAAGCAUGGAGUGGAGAAGGCCCAGGAGGCCAUCCAGGAGUCGGGCCUGACCCAGCUGCUCGUGAGGAAGUGCAGCAAGGGGACGGGUUUCAGCAAGCUGUGGUUGCUGCGAGACCUGGAGAUUCUCUCCAUCAUGCUCUACUCCUCCAAGAGGGAGAUCCACUCCAUGUCUCAAGACCCGGAGCGGGACCAGAGAGAGCAGGACAAGGAGCACGACUCGGAUCACUCCAGCUCCUGUGCUGACGACACGGACGUCAGCAGACCCGACCCUCUGGAAGGUCUCGACGAGGAGACCAAGAUUUGCUUCCAGAUCACCCACGAUGCCUUAAAUGCUCCUCUGCCAAUUCUGCGAGCGAUGUACGAGCUGCAGAUGAAGAGGACCGACUCUUUCUUCCUAGAAGUGCAGAAGCGGUUUGAUGGAGAGGAGAUCAAAACAGAUGAGAUUAUUCGAACGCUGGCACAGAAGUGGCAGCCGUCUAGACGGCAUCGCUCCGAGGACAGGAGCACUAAAGCCGUGGACACCGACAUGAUCGUGGUGUCUUGCAUGUCCAAACCAAGUCACUGUGAAAAAGCCACGGAUGAAAUCAAUGUCGUGGCCCAGAAGCUGAUCACCAGUUCAGAGAGUGACUUGCAGCUCAGCUACGCCAAACAGAGGCGCUCCAAAAGCUCAGCUCUGCUGCACAAAGAGCUCGACGUGCGCAGCAACCGCUCGGUGCGCCAAUACCUGGUGAAGGUCAACCAGGCCAUCGCCACCCUGUACGCUCGCCACGUGCUGGCAUCCCUGCUGGCAGACUGGCCCGCCGAGGCGCUGUUGAGCGAGGAGGCCCUGGAACUGAACGGAGCCUCGCACAUGGCCUACAUCCUGGACAUGCUGAUGCAGCUGGAGGAGCGGCCGCUCUGGGAGAAAAUUCUGCAGAGGGUGCUAAAGGGCUGCAGCCAGACCAUGCUGUCCAGCCUGUCUCUGACCGCUUGUCAGUUCAUGGAGGAGCCGGGUAUGGCUGUGCAGAUCCGAGAGUCCAAACACCCGUACGAUAACAACACCAACUUUGAGGAUAAAGUGCACAUCCCUGGAGCUAUCUACCUGUCGGUGAAGUUUGACUCCCGCUGCAACACAGAGGAAGGCUGCGACGAGCUCAUCAUGUCCAGCAGCGGUGACUUCCUCCAGGAUGUCCACAACUUCAGCGGAACUCCUCAGAAAUGGUCGGACUUUGAGAUACCUGGUGACACCCUGUAUUACAGGUUCAUGUCUGACAUGAGCAACACAGAGUGGGGCUACAAGUUCACAGUAACCGGGGGCCACAGGGGCCGAUUCCAAACAGGGUUUGAGAUCCUGAAGCAGAUGUUAGCCGACGAUCAAGUGCUCAGUCAGCUGCCGCUGGCUGACAUCUGGGAGUGGCAAGUGGGCGUGGCCUGUCGUCAGACCGGAAACCAGCGUCUUAAAGCCAUUCAUUUGUUGCUCCGCCUCCUGCAGUGUCGAUGUCAAAAGCCCUGUGAGCUGACGCUGCUGCGCCCGCUGUGGCAGCUCUUCAUGUCCAUGGAGAACGGCCUGAGCCAGGAUCCCACCAGUAUCACCGUGCUGCUGCCUCUUCACCGAGCCCUCACCGAGCUCUUCUUCAUCGCAGAAGGCCACGCCAGCACUCAGGGAAUCCUCCAGGAGUACCUGACGGCCAUGACCACGGACGAGCAGCUCCUGAACCACACCGCCAUGGCUCUGAAGAACAUUGCUGCCAUCAGUCUGGCUAUCAAUUACCCCAAUAAAUCCACAAAGUUGCUCAACGCGUCUCCUUGAGCAACCCUCCAAGACUGAAGAGGCAGAGCCUCCAGGAAAGGACACAUCCUGACUCAGAGAAGAGCUCUGCUCACCAUCCAAGUGCGUUCCUUCUUUCUACACCCAGACUCUGCAGCACCGUGGACGUGAGCGGUGGGGAGGCACCUCCAGAGCACUUCCCACUCUUCCUCACUGUCCUUUUGCCUUAGGUGAAUCGAGUAUAUCAGCAUGUGCUUUCCCUGAAAACGAGGCGGUUGUGGGUUUUAUUUCACGUUUUCUUUUACUUGAAGACACUGUGCUAAAGGAGAUGAAGUGUGGCAAAUUUACAACCGUCAAGGAGAACUUUUUGUUCGUUUCUGCCUUGUACCCCUCCUGAGCAGCAGACACUCUGGAUCACUUAGUUGAUUGUGGUGAAAGCGGGUCACCUUGGCAACUCCCAUGGUCCCAGUAGACGUGCAGAGCAUCCUAAAAAUACAGUCUAGCAGAGUGAAAGGAUUGACCUACACGCUCAGUCCACUCCUUCCAUCUCUUUCUAUUCUCUUUCCCCAUCCCUCAUUUCUUCCCGUCACUCUGGUCUGCCGCUCUUAUCUCCCAAGCAACAGCGAGACUUGAAAGUACUUUUUAGGGCUUUCACCGAAGAGCAGUGCAACCCCAAAGAGUCUGAGGGGAACCGCUUUGCAACCUAAAUUUGUCCAUUGCACUGCAUCAGGUUCAGGUGAACGUUUUCCUGUCAACGAAAGAAGUUGGAUUUCUAUCAAUGCUGCAAUAAAACUACCGAUUAUUUAGAAGUCUGUUUUAUGCAAAUAUUCAAUCAAUUUAUUAUUUUACCCAAAAUGCAUCUGUUAACAAACCGCUGAUCAAAACAAUUAAACUAAAUCAUAGGAAAACAACAUUUAUGUUGACUUAGCUGUAGUAACCUCAGCGGUAAGUACAGCUCACAUUUCUCAUUCUCUGUAUUGAAACGUUCAUUUUGGCAAACUUAAUGUCUUUACGAAAAGAAAAAAAGUUCAGAAAUUCAAAUGAAAGAGGAGAGCGGACAAAAGGCGUGACGGGCUGCCAUACGGGCCAACUUUGAGCCCCGCCACAUCACUCCCUUCAUCUUCUUAACGCCACAGAUAAGCCAUUUCCCAUCCCACCACUGUGAUCCCACAUUUCGUUCAUGCUUGGAUGCACCUGUGCACUUCCAGAACCAGAAAAGGGUUUUGUGUUCAUAAAUUUAUUGCCAUUUAUUGGAAAUUGAGAGGUAGAGGAUUUUGUUUUUCUUCUGUUGUGACUGCUUUUUCUAAAAUGAGACUCUUAAAGUAGGAAGACAUGGUAGUUUUAUACCAAAGAGACCCAUCGUGUUUCGACCCAUACCACACCUUUAAAAGGAGCUCCAGUCACGUUUUCUCACAUAUCGGACAUCUUGGACGAGCCGGAGCACAGGAAACCUUUAAACGUUAUUUUCAUUUUCACACACCAGAAGAAAAGACACCUCCAUCAUCCUUCCACGACGCCUCACACAUGUACGAUGUGCCUACGGUUAAAAAUGAAGCAAUCAUAAUUUAACUCAUAUUAGGAGUUCUUUUUAAAAGAGAGAAAUAUAUUGUUUAAUUUGAGUUGUUUUGUAACUUUUUACUUUUAUUGUUGGUUUCUUUUUUGCAAAAGUGCUUGAUGUGAGGCUUGACUAAUUGAAUGUACAUAACUGUGAAUAUUAAUUGCACAAAAAAAGGACUUUGAUAUCCACCCCUUAAGAAAUAAAAGCAGGCACUAACAGCCGCAGACUGGAAA